AAUGCUGCGUCAUCUCCCAAAAUGCGCGGAGUCAUGAGGCAGCAGCUGCGUUCUUAUCAAUCUGUAGCACAGCCAAGAUGUGCAACUAUCAAACUGGAGGGAUUUGUGGUGAGAAGACAGCUGGACUUUGACCGUGGUCCUGAGCCAUCCUCCAGAGGCCCUGCAAUGAGAGUAAUGGAGUCCCGCACACAGAGAGUGACGCUCCGCUGCCUGCUACUACUCCUCUCCUGGAUCUCAGUUAGCCUGGGAGCCUACGGAGCAACCGUGUUCUUGAGUGGGCCACAGGCAAGUGGUGUACUAACACACAGAAUGCGGCGCGCCAACUCCUUUCUCGAGGAAUUGAAACUGCCCGAUCUGGAAAGAGAGUGUUUGGAAGAGCAAUGUUCCUAUGAGGAAGCACGAGAAAUCUUCCAAGUUCCGGAAAUCCUUAAUGACUUCUGGAAGAGUUAUUCAGAGGAGGAUGCCUGCGAGUCCAGUCCCUGCCAGCAUGGAGCCACCUGUCUGGACCACGUCAGCUCCUACACCUGCAUCUGCCCCUCUGGGUUUGAGGGAAAGGACUGUGGCACAGCCACAGCCGUCCAGAGAUCGGUCAGCUGCUUGUACAGGAACGGAGGGUGUGAACACUUCUGCAACGAGGGGCCUGGCUCAGUGUGCCAGUGCAGCUGUGCCCCCGGCUACAGCCUGGCUGAUGACAACUCCACCUGCCUCCCAAAAGUCCCUUAUCCAUGUGGCAGAGUGGUGGGGGGGGCGUUUAGCCCCAGGAUAGUCAAAGGCGUAGUGUGUCCCAAGGGCCAGUGCCCGUGGCAGGCAAUGCUGGAGGAUGAGGGGAAGUAUAUAUGUGGAGGCAUCAUCCUGGACACCCUGUGGGUCCUCACGGCUGCACACUGUUUGUUUAGAACCCAGGCAUCGAAUCUCCGGGUUACCGUGGGUGAGCACAUCCGGCUGGAGAGGGAGGGCACGGAGCAGGUGCGGAGGGUGGUGCGGAUGCUCAUCCACCCGAGCUACAACAUCACCACCAAGGACGGGGACCUGGCCCUGCUGCGGCUGCAUUCGGCGAUAGAGUUGGGCCCCUUCGUCGUGCCCGCCUGCCUCCCGCCGCUGGCCGGAGACUUCGCCGCGCGCACCCUGGCGGCGGUGCACAACUCCACGGUGAGCGGCUGGGGGAAGCUGGCCGAGUCGGGCCCGGAGUCUCUCGUCCUGCAGAGGCUGGUGGUGCCACACGUCCCCCUGCAGGACUGCCGUGCCCAGACCAGCCUCACCAUCACCAGUAACAUGUUGUGCGCCGGGUUUUUGGGGGGCAUACACGAUUCCUGCCAGGGAGACAGCGGGGGGCCCCUGGUCACCCGCUACAGGAACACCUGGUUCCUCACGGGCGUGGUGAGCUGGGGGAAAGGGUGCGCCCAGUUGGGCUUCUACGGUGUCUACACCCGGGUCUCCAGCUACCUGGCCUGGAUCAGCGAAAACAUGGCCACGGAAGGGAGAGACUGGUCAGACAUGUGGCAGAGUUUCACCAUGUGGCUGCGCAUCGCCUGUCUCCUUCUGGGGUUAUCCUACUCCACUCCUGCCUCAGUGUUCCAGGGACGGGACCAGGCCCACAGCCUCCUGGACAGGGCCAAGCGGGCCAACUCGGGCUGGCUGGAGGAGAUGAAGGCCGGGAACCUGGAGCGGGAGUGUCUGGAGGAGGUCUGCUCAUACGAGGAGGCUCGGGAGGUGUUUGAGCACGACCAGGCGACGAAUGAGUUCUGGAAACUCUACAAUGAGUUCAAGCUUGUUCCAGACACCUGUCUGCACGAGAAUGGAGGGUGUGAACACUUCUGUGAGGAGGGAGGAGGGUCGCGGAACUGUUCCUGUGCGGCAGGGUAUGUCCUGGCUGCGGACGGGCAGCGCUGUCUGGCUGAAGGUGGGAACCAGAAGCAGGAAGCAGGGGUUCCCUGGGGGAUCCUCUCAGAGAAGAGGAACUUGCCCGAUGACCCUCGGUCAAGGAUCGUGGGGGGAACCGAAUGCCCCAAGGGCCACUGUCCCUGGCAGGUUCUGCUGGUGUAUGGACAAAAGGGAUUCUGUGGAGGUGUAAUCUACACAGCCACCUGGAUCCUCACUGCCACCCACUGUCUGGAGAACAUAGAUGUCCGCCACCUCAAGGUGGUCGCAGGUGAGCACAACCUGGACGUGGAGGAGGGCUCAGAGCAGACCGUCCAGGUGGUGGAGAUGGUGCCGCACCCGGCCUACGUGGUGAAGACGGCGGACAACGACAUCGCGCUGCUGCGCCUGGCGGAGCCCAUUCGCUUCUCGCCGUACGCCGUGCCCGCCUGCCUGCCCCGGCGGGCGCUGGCGGAGCAGGAGCUGUGGGCGGUCCACCUCCACACCGUCAGCGGCUGGGGGAGGCGCAGCGAGCUGGGGCCCACCUCCCGGAUCCUCCGUAAGCUGGACGUCCCGCGCAUCCGCACGCAGGACUGCGUGGAGAACAGCGGCGUGACUGUCACCGCUAACAUGUUCUGCGCCGGCUACAUCGAGGGCAAGCAGGACUCAUGCAAGGGCGACAGUGGGGGCCCUCUGGUCACCAGGUACAGGCAAACCUGGUUCCUGUUGGGCAUCGUCAGCUGGGUCUUCCUCCAGGGCCAGGAUGCCAGUCAGGUGCUGGUCCGGAGGCGCCGGGCCAACAGCAUCUUCGAGGAGAUGCGUAAGGGGGACAUGGAGCGGGAGUGCAUAGAGGAGAAAUGCGACUACGAGGAGGCCAGGGAGAUAUUCGAGAACGACGAUAAGACAGCAACAUUCUGGAACAUCUAUCAUGAUGGGGAUUCGUGUGAAUCGAUGCCCUGUGUCAACGAUGGCUUGUGUAAGGAUGGGAUUGCGUCGUACACCUGCUACUGCGCAUCCGGAUUCCAGGGAGUCAACUGCGAAGUCGUCAUCCCGCAGCUGUGCCUGAACAAGAACGGCGGCUGCCAGCACUACUGCGACGUGCAGAAGGACCAGAUGUACUGCUCCUGCGCCGAUGGCUACUACCUGGGAGAGGACAAGAAGUCCUGCCUUUCCGAUGACCCCUUUAAAUGUGGCGUUCGGAUAGCCAAGCAUACGAGGAGAAUCUUCAUCUACAGACCGCAAGACAACGCCACGGAGUCAGGCAAUUCCACCAAGGAGAUGACCAAUGUGACUGACAUACCCAACAAUGUCCCCAGCCCGAAUAGGACAAUGGUUGACGACUUUGUGGAUGAGGACUACAUCAUCCCAGAGUUCUCUGCACACACCCGCAUUGUGAACGGGGAGGAGUGUCCUCCUGGAGAAUGCCCCUGGCAGGCUCUCCUGGUGAACACAGAGGAUAUGGGAUUCUGCGGGGGCACAAUCCUAAACGAAUACUUCAUUUUAUCCGCAGCACACUGCAUGAACCAGACGCGGUCAUUCUAUGUCAUAGUCGGUGAAUUUGACAGGGAGAAGGAGGAGGGCACGGAGACCAUCCACAUGGUGGAGGAGGUGCUGACGCACCGGGGCUACGUCCCGGAGACGUACCACAACGACAUCGCCCUCAUCAAGCUGCAGACGCCCAUCCGCUUCACCGCCUACGCCCUGCCGGCCUGCCUGCCCAACGCCAAGUUCGCCGAGGAGGUGCUGAUGCGGCAGGAGGAGGGCCUGGUGAGCGGGUUCGGCCGCGUGCGCGAGGGCGGGCGCCAGGCCACGCUCCUCCAGCGGCUCAGCGUGCCCUACAUCGACCGCGCCGUGUGCAUCGAGUCCAGCCAGUUCAAGAUCUCCCAGCGCAUGUUCUGCGCCGGCUACGACCUCGAGAGCAAGGACGCCUGCCAGGGGGACAGCGGCGGACCCCACGUCACAAAGUUCGGGGAGACGUGGUUUGUGACGGGCGUGGUGAGCUGGGGCGAGGGCUGUGCCCGGGAGGGGAAGUAUGGCGUCUACACGCAGGUGUCGAAGUACAUCAACUGGAUCAUCUACGUCAUGAAAAGAUUCAAGGGAACGUAGGCCAAAGCUCGAUAACCGUUAUCCCUUUACGAAGGUGUCAGAUCACAAAUAUGUGACUAGAGUGUUUUUACCUGAAUACUGAAAUGCUGAUGUAACCAUCACUGCUGAUAGUUCUAGAACAGUGACUUUGAAUUUUGAAUAAAGACCGAAAAACAACUCUUUAAAUGGUUAAAUAUGACUCACAGAGACAAAUAAAGUGGCUUUUUGAAUUA